CGACAGCUAGUUCUGGCCUGGGCUAAGAGGCCUGGGGUCUGAGAUUGGAAGUUUACAUGGCGAUGUUGCGGUCUGGCUUCCGGCGCUUUGGCUGCCUGCGCGCCGCACUCAAGUCACUGACUCAGACCGACCACCGGAGCAUCACCUUCUGCAUCGAUCCUUCCUUGGGACUAAAUGAAGAACAGAAAGGAUUUCAGAAAGUGGCCUUUGACUUUGCUGCUCGGGAAAUGGCUCCCAAUAUGGCAGAAUGGGAUCAGAAGGAGCUGUUCCCUGUGGAUGUGAUGCGGAAGGCUGCACAGCUGGGAUUUGGGGGGAUCUAUGUGCGAACAGAUGUGGGUGGAUCUGGACUGUCUCGCCUUGAUACUUCUGUCAUCUUUGAAGCCUUGGCCACAGGCUGCACCAGCACCACUGCCUAUAUAAGCAUCCACAACAUGUGUGCCUGGAUGAUUGAUAGCUUUGGAAAUGAGGAACAGAGGCACAAAUUUUGCCCACCGCUGUGUACCAUGGAGAAGUUUGCUUCCUACUGCCUCACUGAACCAGGCAGUGGGAGUGAUGCUGCAUCUCUUCUGACCUCAGCUAAACGACAAGGAGAUCAUUACAUCCUCAAUGGUUCCAAGGCCUUUAUCAGUGGGGGAGGUGAGUCAGACAUCUAUGUGGUCAUGUGCCGAACUGGUGGAUCUGGCCCCAAAGGUAUCUCCUGCAUAGUUGUUGAGAAAGGAACCCCUGGCCUCAGCUUUGGCAAGAAGGAGAAGAAGGUGGGGUGGAACUCGCAGCCAACCCGAGCUGUGAUCUUUGAAGACUGUGCUGUCCCCGUGGCCAACAGGAUUGGGAGCGAGGGGCAGGGCUUUCUCAUCGCCAUGAAAGGACUGAACGGUGGAAGGAUCAAUGUUGCAUCCUGCUCUCUGGGAGCCGCUCAUGCUUCAGUUACCCUUACCCAAGAGCACCUCAAGGUCCGGAAGCAGUUUGGAGCACCUCUAGCUAGAAGCCAGUACCUGCAGUUCCAGUUGGCAGACAUGGCCACCAAGCUAGUUGCCUCCCGGCUGAUGAUCCGUACUGCAGCAGUGGCUUUGCAGGAAGAGCGGGAAGAUGCAGUGGCCCUGUGUUCCAUGGCCAAGCUCUUUGCUACAGAGGAGUGCUUUGCUAUCUGCAACCAGGCUUUACAGAUGCAUGGGGGCUACGGCUAUCUGAAGGACUAUGCUGUUCAACAGUAUAUGCGGGACUCCAGGGUCCACCAGAUCCUAGAAGGUAGCAAUGAAGUGAUGAGGAUGCUGAUCUCUCGAAGCCUGCUUCAGAACUAGCUCCCACGCUGAGAGCCCAGCCAGGGUCUGCGUGCGGCUCUAAGCAGGGUUGGGCUGCUCAGUUGCCAGUGAAUCAUGAAGUAGAAUGAAGGGCUGAUGAGCACUUCUAAAUAGACUGAGCUGUCAGCCACACUGCUGGCUCUGAGACAAGAACAGAGUUCUUAGCAGAGCUAGAAGGGCUGCUCUGAGGAGCCAUGCCAAAAGAAGACCUUCCUCAUUCUGGAAAGACAAGCAGUCAAAGCUGUGGCUUGGAUCCACACUGUGUGCAUUUUGUUGAUUCUUGUCCUUAGGGUCUGGGUACUUAAAUAAGCUUUUCCUGAUUAAACAGGUAAAGUCUGGGGAGGCAAGGGCAGUAGACACAUCUGCCCCUUUCUGGUUUCUGUUCUGCACUAGGGGUAUGUCAGGACAGUACUCCUGAACUCAGAUCAUGAGGAAAUAAAUACUUUGGAACCUACUGCUAAGCAAUGAGUUAGGGUGUAUCUUUAACUCCAGUAACCAUGAAAUAAAUGUCAAGGGCUAA